AAAUAGCGACCUCCUUACGUGGAAUAUUUACGUGGUCUUUACGACGAAAUGAUGUACUUCGUCUUUACGAUAAAAUAUUUUCUUCGCUAAGUUACGACGAAUUGGCGAGGAAAUAUGUGUUACGACGGAUGAGUAACGAGAAAACGUGUUUCCUCGCUAAUUCCUCGUAAAACCUCUUUUACGACGAACUCACGAGGAAAGCCGCCCUCGUUAAGCUUAUGUUUUCUCGUAGUGAUUGUGAAGACAUACUCACUGGUCAAGGCUUUUGAUGUAUACUAGUCAAUUAUUGUGAAAUUUUAAUAAUUAUAGUUGAGAUUCUAAUUGUAAUCUCAACUAUAUUGUGAAAUUUUUAGCCUACUGGUUAACAUAAUACUAUUUUAGAGACCUAUUUGCGAUCAACAAAAGAGCUUGAAGCAUGUAUAGAAAAUAAUGCUGUUUUGUUAUGUAUAUAAAUUAAAGCCAAUGUGUUAAUAUUUGUUUAAUUGACCAUCCUUAGAAAUAGGAACAGUUUUUUUUUUAUAUAUCAGGAACAGCUUACUUACAAGAUUACAAAACCCCAACUUGAUAAUAAAGAAAUCUACAUAUUUAUCUAUAUAAACCCUAUCAGAGUACUUGAACCACAUCAGAAAACUAUCAAAUCCUAAAGCACCCAACAAUUGAAAAAAAAAAACAAAUUUCUCUCUUUUUUUGUUAGGUUCGGCAAUGGCUCUAGCCAAACACACAAGAGUUCAGAUAUUGGGAUGCAUACUCCUUGCAUCACUCGCACUAACAAUGGCUGAUACACCACCGGGCAUAGCCAAAAACCCAAGCCAUGCAACAUGUAAGAUCAAGAAGUACAAACAUUGCUACAACUUGGAACAUGUUUGUCCCAAGUUCUGCCCUGACUCUUGUCAUGUUGAAUGUGCUUCUUGCAAACCCAUAUGUGGCCCUCCUUCCCCCGGCAGUGAUGAUGAUGGUGGCGAUGGUGGCGAUGAUGACGGUGGAUACACUCCUCCGGCUCCAGUUCCACCUGUUUCACCACCACCUCCUACACCUUCUGUGCCAAGCCCUACUCCCCCAGUUUCACCACCACCUCCAACACCUACACCAGCCGUUCCAAGUCCCACUCCGCCGGUUUCACCACCACCUCCAACUCCUACACCGGCUGUGCCAAGUCCCACGCCACCGGUUUCACCACCACCACCUUCUCCUACACCAGCUGUGCCAAGUCCAACUCCACCAUCUUCACCACCACCUCCUACAACACCUCCUACACCGUCUGUGCCAAGUCCUCCAGGUACUCCCACUGCACCAGUCCCUCCAUAUUCCCCACCUGCGACUCCUACUCCCUCCAUUCCAAGUCCUACUCCUACACCUCCCGGCUCUACUCCUCCUUAUGUCCCUCCGUCCUCUCCUACUCCAUCCCCGCCAUCAGAUGGAGAGGCAGGAGCAGGAGUAAGAAGAGCCAGGUGUAAGAAGAAGGGCUCUCCUUGUUACGGAGUUGAGUAUAGUUGCCCGGCCGAUUGUCCCCGUUCUUGUGAAGUUGACUGCGUUACUUGCAAACCUCUUUGCAAUUGCGACAAACCGGGAUCGGUUUGCCAAGACCCACGUUUUAUUGGAGGAGAUGGUCUAACCUUUUACUUCCACGGCAAGAAAGACUCCAACUUCUGCCUCAUCUCCGAUUCUAACCUUCACAUCAACGCACAUUUCAUCGGUAAACGAAGGUCUGGUAUGGCACGUGACUUCACAUGGGUCCAAUCCAUUGCUAUCCUCUUCGGCACUCACCGUUUCUACGUCGGAGCCCUUAAGACCUCCACGUGGGACGAUUCUGUUGACCGGAUCUCCGCCUCUUUUGAUGGACAUGUUAUCUCACUCGCUCAACUAGAUGGUGCCACGUGGACUUCUUCCCCUGGAGUAUACCCUCAGGUCUCGGUCAAACGAGUCAACGCUGACACUAACAACCUCGAGGUUGAAGUAGAGGGCAUGCUUAAGAUCACAGCAAGAGUGGUGCCAAUAACAGUGGAAGAUUCAAGAAUUCAUGGUUACAAUGUAACGGAAGACGACUGUCUCGCUCAUCUCGACUUAGGCUUUAAGUUCCAAGACCUUAGCGACAACGUCGAUGGUGUUUUGGGACAAACGUAUAGGUCUAACUACGUAAGCCGAGUCAAGAUCGGAGUCCACAUGCCUGUGAUGGGUGGUGAUAGGGAAUUCCAGACCAGCGGACUUUUUGAACCUGACUGCUCAGCCGCAAGGUUCCCUGGUAACAGAGGUAGCAACGGUGGCCGGAGUAAAAUGGAGCUCCCUGAGAUGAGUUGUGCAAGUGGCGUAGGUGGCAAGGGAGUGGUCUGCAAGAGAUAGACGUUUCUUUGCUCUAAAUUUUAUUACUAUUAUACUAAAAUAUACCACUAUACAAUAUGGUAAGUGGUAACUAUAAUAUUAUAACUAAUUAAUAAAUUUGUAACACGGUUUUUUUUUUCUGUAACAAUAAUAUCAUGGAGAAAGGAAAUGUGAUUUUACUAUUCUUGAACUGAAUGAAUUUGAAUUUAUGUUUAAUCUCUAGUGUUUUAAUAAUUAAUGAUUUGAGAAAAUUGUAAAAUAUGAUCAUGUUAAGUUAUGGAACAAAAUUAGAUACAUGUCGAGUAAAAAAACAUUACCUUUUAGAUCAUGUGAGUUGUAAUUUAUAUUCUACUAGCAAAAUAUUGUUUUGCUAGAAUAUUAAUUUCUUAGUAACUUUGGUUAAUGUGCUACCACGUAAAGGUAGCGCAUGCCGACCACUAAGUCGCUUCACAAUUGUAGCGCAUGCCGACCACUAAGCACCCACAUCAAUGAACCCCCUCUUAGGAUUCAUCUUUUCAAUUUUUUAUUAUUAAAUCUUUUUUUUUUGUUUAAAAAAAAAAAAAAUUAGACCAAUCGCUGACCGCCACAAUACGUGGGGCCCGCGCUACAGUGAUGAACUUUAGGAGAGAAGGGUUCAUCCCAAAGAGCUUUAGGAGAGAGGGGUUCAUGAGAUUGAAUUAUAUUUUAUUAUUUUUUUUUCUUGAUUUCUGUGUGAACUCCCCCCCAUAAACUUUCAAUGCGGAUGCUCUAAGUCGCUUCACAAUGAAGUGAUCCCAUAAAGAUGGAAAACAUGCAUGAUUCAAAUUGUUAUCGCUAAUAAAACGUAAUACAUGUCUUGUUUCCAAUUCCAAUUGAAUAACUUGAUUUUGUUUUAGUUACCAAAAGAAACUUGAUUUUUUUUCUUAACUCUAAGGGCAUCCGCAUUGCUAGGACCAAAAAAUUAGUAAAUUGGUCCUUAGAUUAAUUUAUUGUUUUUGUUAUGUUAAGAGAUUUAGCUAAGGACAAUUAGAAAAAGAAAGAUUAUUGGUAGGACCAAAAUAUUGGUUGGAGAGCUUCGUUGGAGAGAUUUAGGGCGAGGGAUUGAGGGCGACAGAUUGGGAUCGACAGAGAGAUGGGAAAGAUGGGAGAGAUGGGACAGAUGGGACAGACCGCCGGAGGGUUCGACGGAGUCCGCGGUCGAGAGCUCGGUGGAGGGAAACCGUCGAGAGAGAUGGGAGACGAUGCGAAUGAUUUCGUCGAGAGAGAUGGAAGACUUUCCCAACACCGAACACUCCUUCCCUUCUCUCUGUGACACGUGCAGCUAAGGACACAAACUUAAAACUUCUUAAUUAACAUAUGUGAGCUAACGUUUUCUGUAUUAUUGAUUUAAAUUGAUUUAAAUUAAUUACCUAUUAUGCUAAGGACGCGCUAACAACCGCGCGAUACAGAUGCCCUAAAAAUCUAAAACCAAGAAAAGUUACACAACCUUGGUUUCUGUGUCUGUUAAAAAUAAGGAUUUUAACAUAUACAAAUGUGGAUUUUGGAUUAUCUUUUACACAAUGCGAAUCAUAUUGGCCUAUUGUAUUUCCAUUUUACUCUCUCUGUUCUCCGAAAGUAAGAUUUUCUAAAGUGUUUAUGCUUAUUAAGAAUUCAAUAAAUGUUUAUAAUUUAAUUUUUAUUUUUACUUUAUUAUACACUUUACAAUAACUUUUCACUAAUGAAAUUUAAUCGAUUCAAAUAUUUUCGUUUAAUGUUUCUUAAAAGUAUAAAAAAGUACUUUAAACAUAUAGAAAAACUAUCUUUGUGAUACAAAUAAAAAAUCUAAAACAUCUUACUUUUUACAUUCAGGGGAAGAGAGGGAGUAUAUCAUUAAUGUCGUCUCCAGGUCUCUCUUCCAAUACACAACCGGAAACAUCUACUACUUUAUCAAAGACAGACUGAAACUAUAGAUAAACCAUGAAGUGUUUUAAGAUGUGCAGUAAUAUUCAAGAAAAGAAGGAAAAGAAAACAUAUCGUAAAAAUCCAAGAUCAACAACAAGAAACCACAA